AUGGGGAAGUUGGGAAAUAUACCAGUGAUCCACCCGCAGAAAGCCAUCUACAGCAAACGUCACGGCCAAGGUCAUCUGAAGCUUGUCCGACGCUUUGAUGGUAUAAAAGGGCAGGCAGCUGGAAGCGCUGCACUAGUUCCAGUCCAAUCACUCAGCAUGAAGUUCUUGAUCCUCGCCUGUGUGGCCGCCGUUGCCGUCGCCGCCCCUCAGUACAGCUAUGGCGCUCCUCGUGCUGCGUCCAGCGAGGAAGUCGAGUUCGUGCCAAUCCUCAAGGACGACCGCGUCCACGAGGAAGAUGGAACUUACAACUUCGACUUCGAGGCUGCCAACGGCAUCAGCUUCUCGCAGGCUGGAUCCCCCGACGGUGAUGACGACGCUGUGAUCAAGGCUGGAGAAUACUCGUACACUGCUCCCGAUGGUACUGAAAUCCAUGUCCGCUUCGUGGCUGACGAGAACGGCUUCCAGCCUCAGGGCGCUCACCUGCCAGUGGCUCCUGAGUUCCCCCACCCAAUCCCUCAGUUCGUCCUCGACCAGAUCGCAAAGGCCGCCGAGGAGGACCGCAACCGUAGCGACGAAUCCGACGAAGUUUCCGCUCCUUCCAGACUGUAUGGCCGACCCAACUAA